AAUGAAACUCUUGUUAUUAUUAGGAGCGAUAGCUACGGUUGUUGCUAAUCCUGUUGUACUUCAACUAUCCUAUACAAAAAACUGGUGGAUUCCUACUACUACAAGAUAUCCAGCAUUUGCUCUGUUCAAUUCCUCUGUCUUGGUUCCCAGUCGGUCACUGAAACUUGCUCUUGAAUGGUAUCCCCAAAACCCUAAUAAUAGUCACUUGUGCGAUCCUUUCGCUUCCUCUCCUAUUCCUGCUGGACAUCCACUUCAAACAGUCGUUUAUUUUUUAGAUUUAGCUGAUGAUGUAUCGGCAAACAAAUCACUGUGCUCAAUGCAUUCUCGAAUCUCAAAUAUCAUUCAUGCUCAACCAGCCUCUGUUCCGUCCUCAUCCAAGGUGCCUGCCAUCAUUCUUAUUCCUAAACGAGACCAUGUCGCAGAUUUGAUUGAGCAGGAAGCCGUAGCAUAUCCCAAUCUCACUGCUGAAUUCAAUGUUCCUGUUCUGCUUAUUAAUGCUCUUGUUUAUCAGACACUCGUUGACGCUGUGCAUCGUGAAUUCUAUUCAAUCCAUCUGUUUACUCCCGCUGCUUCCUCUACCAUAGAUCCAUCUGUCGUGGUUGUAUUUGCUUUGGUGGUGAUCACUCUUUGGAUUGGAUGCACUUGGGGUGCUUGGACUCAUCCACUUGUCAUUGAAACCUGUGAUUUCAAAGGAUUGGAAUCCAGCAUGGAUCCAGAUGAGUUGUCUGAAACUAUCACUGCUUACAAUGCAGUCAUAUACGUCUUUAUAUCAAGCGCUACACUGCUUUUAAUCUACAUGCUGCCCUUUAUUCUUGACUGGCAAACUCUUCAAUUUAUGGAAUUGCUAGUAUUCAAACCGCCUCAUUCAAAAGAAAGCAAUCGUGCCGCUACUUUAGUGAACACCGAAUCCGAUAGUAUUCUGGCAUCUCUUACUUGGGGUGAUGUCCUGAUUACUUCUUUUUCCUUUCUCUUUUUGACAUAUUGGGCUUUCAUUAGAAACAGUGAUGUUGCAUGGUUAUUUCAAGAUAUUAUUGGCGUAUGCUUGAUUGUAUCCUUGCUGCGCGUUGUAAACCUUCCGAAUCUACAGGUUUCCGUGGUCCUCUUGGUAGGACUAUUUUUCUACGAUAUUUUUUGGGUAUUUGGAUCAAAACUGUUUACAUUUGAUGGGAAAUCUGUCAUGGAAACUGUUGCUCUUGCUACUGGAACCACGGAAGCAAUGCCCAUGCUGUUUCGAGUACCUCGCUUUACGGACGAUUUUGGAUCUUAUACGAUGCUGGGAUAUGGAGAUAUCAUUAUCCCUGGGCUCUUGGUGCACUUGGCACGCGCAUUAGAUAUUGCUCAUGCUAUUGGGCAUGAUAAGACAUCUCUACAUACCAAAUCUCACUCUGCAGAUGGUCAUUUAACAGAGUCAAGUCUUGAUGUGAUGGAGGACAUCCCUAACGAAUUAACUCCACUUCAAGCUAAAAAUAUUGAAAGCAAACAACAGCCUUUGCUUCAAAGACCUGGAUUUAUAACUCGGCGUAUAUCUAACGAAAAUUUACACGACGAUCAGCCAGACCCGGACGAUCAACCAGAUCCAGACAAUCAUGCGAUGCAAUCGGAUGCGUUUUCUUCAAAAUGCUAUCCAUUUUUAAACUGUACUCCUCCGCUGUAUUUUAUAAUUGUUUUGACAGGAUACAUUAUUGGCCUAAUUGCUGCAUUUAUUGCAGUAUUUUGGAUGAAAAUGGGUCAGCCUGCAUUACUGUAUUUGGUGCCAUCUACAUUACUUCCCAUGGCUUCGUAUGCCAUAUAUCGCGGUGAGCUUUGCGCCAUCUGGAAUGGUCUGGACAAACUAAAUCUGUCUAAAUCGGCUUGAUUUCCUCCCUGUUGGUGUGAAAUAGUCAAAGACUUGCAAUUAAAAUAAACUCGAUAUGUAUUCUUUACGUAUCCC